AGCGCUGGUAGCAAAGUUUGACGUAGUGUCAUUUUUGUUAAAUUUUCCCUUAAUUUCUUCACAAUUUAGAGAUUAUUUGAGGGUUUUUUGAUUAAAAUAACUAAUAAAUGUGGUAUAUUAUAUUUAUAUAAACAUCAAAUAUCAGUGACGGUUCAGUUUAUGAUCUAAAUUGAAAGCAUAAAAAAUGGAGCCAAAACUAACAAACACCGCGAGCCUAAAAACAUAUUCUCGCUCGAAAUGCUGGAAAGUUUCGAAUCCUAAGGAUACUAAAAGUGAACCUUUAACGACGAAAGAAGCUGUGAAGUAUUUAUUGCAAGGAUCAUUGAAGAGAAGGGUCUGUCGGUUUUGUCUAACUGCAACGACCUCUUUAUCAGAAUUGGAUGAGAUUUUAGAGGUGGCCAGUUCCGGGGCAAUAUUUCAAGUGACCAUACGGGACAUGGUAGCCAGUUUCUACCCAUUUCAGGUAUCUGAUGACGCUAAUUUCCCAAAUAAAAUCUGCGGCAAAUGUCUAGAUAAGACAAUCAAUUGUUACUUAUUCACACAGCAAUGUGAAAGAGCCGAACGGGCAGUACGUAAUUGUUUUAUUGAUAUCAGUGAGAAAUUCGAUAAACUAGACCCCCUUGAACGGGUGAAGAGGAGGGGACGACAAAAAUUAAAUCCCAACCACAAUAUAAUUCAUGUAGAACAUAAAAAUGUUAUUGAUUACGCAGAUCCAAUAAUAAAUAUUGUAAAUGCUGGCUCAUCACUCGUUACCAAUAACAAUGAUGUUCAAAUGAACGAACUAGAGUGUCCAAGAUGUUGGCAAGUGUUUACUAAUGUAGAAUCUCUCGUUAACCAUGAGAAAAUUCACCCUAAAUCAAUGUGGUACAAUUGUAAACUCUGCGGAAAUUCUUUUGUAAAGCAUUCACAUUACAAAAAGCAUAUGAAACAGUUUCACUUUAAAGAAAACACCAAAAUAAAUACGGAGAAGCAACAAUUUCAAUGCAACGAAUGUGGUUUUAUUUGUGAAGAGUUGGAGAAUUAUUUACAACAUAUUGAAAAGCACAAGUUUAAGAAUGUAUUAGAAUGUUUAGUUGAAAAGAAAACGGAUAGUUUGUGCGGAGUUUGUUUAGACAAAGGAGAUACUAUGACGAGAUUGAACGAAACUUUAUGUUUACAUGGUGGAUAUCCAGAAUUAUCCGGAGAGAUGACUGUGGCUACAAUUUUAACUGCAACUAUACCAGAGAUGAAUACAGUACAUAACUACACUGGGACAAAAAUAUGCGAAAAAUGCUUUAAUCAUGCAUUAUCAUCGUAUAUCUUUAUAAGUAAGGUUAAAUAUAUUAGACAUAGAUUAAAUACAUGUAUUAGUCUUAUGUUAGAUAACUUAAAUAGAAUAGAAGAACCUGAAAACAACGUAAUGGUAGAAAUAUCUAUGGAAACAAUCCUUCCUAUAACAGAAAAGAAGUCUUUAGAAGAAGAAUACAUAGAUGAUGAUGAAUCGCAGAUGAAAAUCGAAGUAUUGGAAGAUGAAUUUAGAAUAGAAUCAGAAAGUUCUGAAGAAAGUUCAAAAUCUGAAAAUACUGAUGAUGAAGAAAUUGGAACAGUGAUAUUUGAUGAUUUGAAGAAAAUGCUUUAUCCAGUCAAUAAGGAAAGGAAUAAUAAAAAAGAAGAAAUUAUAAAUGACGAAACUAAUAAAUUAGUUAAUGGAUAUCAGGAUUAUGAAGCCCUUUCACCAAUAGGUAGUGAUGUUGAAAAAUUAAUAGCUAGUGAUGUUGAAAAAUCAACAUUAAGUGACUCAGAAGAAUCAACAGAAAGUGAAAUAGAAAAAUCUCCAAAAGCAAAUGAUGUUGAAAAAUCUCCAAUUGAUAUAGAAAAGUUAAUAAGUGACGAUGUUAAUUUUGCAAUGCAAUCUCCACCAGUAAAUGACAUUUGCAGUGAAUUCCUAACAUUUAAAAAGAAGCCAAAACCGAAAAGAAAGUUGCGAAGACCGAAUUUUACUUGUCCUUUCUGUAGUAAACAUUUCAUCUCGGAUUAUUUCCUCAAGAAUCAUGUGUUGAAACAUAUUAAUACAAAAAUUAAUUGCAAAGUUUGCUAUGAACCAGUUAAAUCUAAAUUCCAUCUAUUUGAACACAUGAAAAUGUUUCAUUUAGCUCACCAAAAAGAUUGUAACGUUUGUGAUACAUGCGGACGAAGUUUCACGGAUAUGAAAAAGUUUUCAUUACAUAAAAGGACACAUAAAACCAAAGUAUGUCCAUUAUGUGACAAGUUGUUUAAAUCUCAGAAUACAUUCGAUAUUCAUUUCCAAAGACAUGCAGGCAAAUUCAAUGGACGCAAAAUUUCUAGGUCGCAAACUUGCAGUUUUUGCGAAAAAGAAUUCUCAAAUGAAAAUGAACUUUCACUACAUGUGAAUAAGAUACAUUUACAAAUUAAACCUUACAGUUGUGAUAUGUGUGAGAAACAAUUUUAUACAGAGCACAAUUUGAGUUGUCACAAGAAAAUUCAUGGUUUCAGAUCUAAAGAGACUUGUGAAUUUUGUAGUAAAAUCUUCAAGUGUAGAAGAGAUUUGGUCGCUCAUGUUAGGAAACAUAUUGGCAUUAAACCUCAUCAUUGUCAAAUAUGUAGAGAAACUUUUUAUUCGGAAACGAGUCAACAAAAUCAUAUGAAGAAAAUGCACGGUGGUAGAUAUUGUUGUCGACUCUGCAAAUCAGUGUUUAAUAGGAAAGUGGACGUUAAAGCCCAUGUCAAUGUGGCUCAUAAUGCUAUGUAGCAGUGUGUGGUACUGAAAUGAUAUUUGGUGCUAUAACUGUGGAUGAAGUGAAAAUGUUUUAUGACUAUUGUGAAGUGAGCAGUGCUAAGUGUUAGAAACCAAGAUUGAGAAGUGGUGGCCAGUUUAUUGGACCUAAGAUCUCAGCCAGGUUUGUAUGAAAAUGAGGAUCGUGCUGUUGGUGAUGUUAUUUUUAGGGGAAUGGAUGAAAAAGGGACACUACUUUUGUUGGACUGUUUGCAGCUCAAUCCAAAGCAUAAUAAAUACAUAUAAUUUAUUUGUUAUUGUUAUAUAAACAUAAACUUAUAAUUAUAACCUUAAGAUACCUAUUUCCAAGCACAAAAUGAGGCGAAAAAAUUUCUC